AAAUAAUUUAAAUAUUAAUCUUUUUGGACUUGUUCUAUCUAUUGAGUUUGGUUUUUAGAGUGGCCUCAGCUUCAGUUUUUGUCAGAAGACUUCCUUAGAUCUACGUAACUUAAAGCUGCACUUGCGUAGGAAGGAGCGUUUCCCUUUCCCCUGAAGAAGGGUCGCGACCCGAAAUGUCACCUGUUCUUUCUCUCCAGAGACGCUGCCUGACCCGCAGAGCUACUCCAGAUUUUUGCGUCUAUCUCUUGAGUAAUAGGUGUCAGCAGACAGCACAUCGCUACAGUAGAGAUGAUUGUGAUAAUCCCCUUGGUUACCUCUCCCAAUGCUCCCAUUGCGCUCUGGUGUCUGUUUUCUAUUCUGUCAAGGACUUUGAUUCAUGUUCUACAUUUAAGUGGUUAUCAUUAAUGAGAAUGCACUCAGUGAAAAAUCACAGUGGAAAUGAGGCAUUAUGACCUAGUUGUUUGAUAAUGUCUGAUUGUGACACACUUCUCCGCUGAUGUUGCCUCUGGUAGUCUCUUUGGCAAUGGUGAUUGUGAUGCGGUAUUGGUGUGCGGUGCCAAUCCCUUCUAUUUUAAUUCAUCUGAAUGCAGAUGGGGGAAGAACAGAAAUAGUGUUUCUCCCAAUCCAUGGCCUCAAACUCCAGUCUGUUUCGUAGCAAUGGAUAAUGGAUGAUGAAAAAUGGUGGAGAAUCUCUCUGCAGAGGAGCUUGCUGGUUUGUUUUACCACCUGCCUGAUCCUGGGAUGUAGCGGCUUGUUUUUCACUUUCCCUUGUGCUUUCUUGGCGGUUAAUGUUUCCCUGCUGUUCCCUAUCGCUGCUGGAAUCUUGUUCGUAUCCUGCUUUACAAGUUUCAUUAUCACUAGUUUCAUGGAUCCUGGAAUCCUACAAGGCUCAGUAAUAUCAGUACGCCAGAGCUUUGACCCUAAGGUUGUGACAGUUAGCGGCAAGGUGUAUUAUCUGAAGUGGUGUCAAGUCUGCCAGUUCUACCGACCACCCCGCUGCUCACACUGCAGACUCUGCGAUGUUUGUAUAGAGGAUUUUGACCACCAUUGUAAAUGGGUGAAUAACUGUGUUGGGAGAAGGAAUUACCGCUUCUUUUUCUUCUUUGUCUUCUUUCUUGCUGUUUACAUGUUGACUAUUUUGGGCUCCUGUAUCAUGUACCUUAUAAUCAACUACAAUGAGCCGAUGACGAUGGAGAAGAGUGUUACUUAUAUUGUUCUGGCUCCGAUUGCUAUGUUCCUCUUCCCAGUGCUUUUCCUGUUUGGAGCUCAUACUGAAUACAUGGUCUUGGGAGUAACUAUGUCUGAACAGUACAAUAAAACAGAAGAUAGAACAAACCCCUUCUCACGUGGUUGGAAGAGAAACAUUUUCAUCAUGCUUUGUGAUCACAUUGUUCCAAGGUACCUUGGAUCACUCAAGAAACUGGAUUCAAGAAAAACUUCAUGGAAGAGAAAUUCAAAACAAGUGACGAGGAAGAAGGGAAAGAAAGAGAAAACGUCUGCAAAGAUAAUUAAAGGUACUAAAACAGAAAGUUGGCCGCACUGAACUGAAAAAUUGAAAGUAAUCACCUUGGCUUUAUGUUCUCUACUUUCUGCUUGUCCCUUUGGACCGAGAGGUUACUGCACUGCGUACAUGGCUAGCUCUCUGAAACAAGGUCUGCCAUUUAUUACCUCUCUCAGUGCAGAUCACGAGUGAAUGAUUUUGGUUGUGAUUUCUCAGAGUGGGCCUCUGUGACUAUGGAAUGAAAAUAAAGAAUAGAAUUAUUUUUAUUCUUCUUUCUCCUGGGUCUAUCUUUUGUCAUUUUUGUAUCAUUCUCCACUUCUGUGAUGCUGACUGUUUAGGAAUGACAGAGGUAACAGUUCCACUCUGCUCGGAUGGUUAGUUGCAGGUACAGAUAGUGCCAAUCUUAUGUGUUUCUAUCCAAGAACCGUGAUGGUGAGGUCAAUGGAUAACAAAAUGAUGUUCACCAUUGGCAUUCUCUCCAUUUCUGACUUGUCAACCAUCAUCUCUGCCAAUGAAGAUUUAAAAAUAUAUAUA